GCAGAAGAAGAACCCCGCCAGCAGUCCCAAAUCUUCCAGCGAGACCACCCCGGCAAGGUGUCUGCCUCUCCGCCCGGCCGCUGCACUCCAACGCGGCAACUUUUCCACCCCCACCCCCCUGCCCUCUUUCCGGGUCUUCCACCACACCUUCCUCCCCGGCCACACCAGCUAAUUCUCCACGGCCAUGGCGACCAGCGCGAAGCGGAAGCAAGAGGAGACUCAUCUGAAGAUGCUCCGGGAAAUGACCAGCCUGCCCGCGAAUAGGAAAUGCUUCGACUGCGACCAGCGCGGCCCGACUUAUGUCAACAUGACCGUGGGCUCCUUCGUGUGCACUACCUGCUCGGGCGUCUUGCGAGGGCUGAACCCCCCACACAGAGUGAAGUCUAUCUCCAUGACCACGUUCACCCAGCAAGAAAUGGACUUCCUACAGAAACACAGCAACGAGGUCUGUAAACACAUCUGGUUGGGUCUCUACGAUGACAGGACAUCAGUUGUUCCAGAUUUCCGGGAGCCGCAGAAAGUAAAAGAGUUCCUCCAAGAAAAAUACGAAAAGAAAAGAUGGUAUGUGCCUCCAGACCAGGCAAGGGCAGUAGCAAGCGUCCAGGCCUCGGUGUCUGGCUCUUCCGCCAGCAGCACUGGUAGCACCCCAGAAGUGCAUCCUUUAAAGACCUUGCAGCUCAACAAGACCCCACUUCGUCAGUCCCCCAGUUUAGGUCGCUCUCAGGCUCACAUCACAGCUCAGGAGAAGAAGUUUGACCUGCUGUCAGACCUGGGGGGUGACAUCUUUGCUGCCCCGCCCACACAGGCCGCCACCUCCACCAACUUUGCCAACUUUGCACAUUUUCAAAGCCAGUCAGCACCUCAGGCUAACUCAGACUACAACUUUGCCAACUUUGAUGCAUUUGGAAACACUGCAAUUCCAUCCCAUCUGAGCACGUCCCCCCCCACAAAGUCCUUUUCCACAGGAAGAGGUGUGCCAAUCCCGUCAAUGUCGAGUGCUGUCCCUACCCAGUCCCAAACUGGGAGCUGCUCAGAAGAUCGUUACGCUGCUCUGGCUGAGUUGGACAACAAGCUGAGCUCCUCUGCAGGCAGCAAUGUCCAAGGGAAUAUAUUUGGUCCCGUGCUCGGCUCCUCGCCAGCCCAGAAUCCACCUGUUCUACCCAGCAUGCAGCCUGGCUAUGGAGGUGUCCCUUCCACGAAUCCCUUUGUUGUUGCGGCGGUUGCCUCGGAGAUGGCGACCAACCCUUUCCAAGCCAAUGGCAGAGCUCCAACUGCAGCCUCAUUUGGUACUGGCUCUAUGAGCAUGCCCGCUGGCUUUGGGAAUGCGUCUUCAUACUGCCUUCCGACCAGUUUCAGUGGAAACUUCCAGCAGCAAUUCCCUGGCCAGGCCCCCAUCCCUUACUCUCAACCCGGGGCCUACCACCCUCAGUCCAAUGGCCCUGCAUUCCCAGCCUAUGGUCCAAACAAGCCCUCCAUGACGCCUUUUGGUCAACCAAUGGCUGGUCCUGGCAUGUCCAAUAACCCCUUCAUGGCGGGAGCCCCUACCGGGCCGUUCACUUCGGGGGGUUCCACAACCAACCCCUUCCUGUAGCACAACUCCCAGUCCUCACCAGCAGAGGACAGCAUGCAGCACAUAGUCAACGCACCGUUCCGUCACGCUAUUAGUGGCAGUACAUUUCUUACAAAAAAAAAAAAACGUUUACACUAUUAAGAAGUGCAAAGGACUAUAUUCAAGGGACUGUUAGCGGGGGAAAAUGUACUGUUUGGACUAUAUUCAUGAUAUGCUUUUUAUUCUUUGUUUAUGACCACGUGCAUAUCAUUUGUAAUCACAUUUACGUACGUGUUAUGUAUAACAGGUGAGUAGACGCCUUGUGGAGAAACCACUACAUGUAAGUAAAGGUUUACACUUUAUGAUCUACAGGGUUCUCUAUAAACAUCCGUUGUCUGGAGUGUGGCCCACCCAUGGAGAUGCAGGUAUUUCAUUUCAAAAAAGGGAUUGUUUUAUUGUUCUUUUAGCAUAAAUGUUACUAUACUGGCACUUGGGCCCGAAUUGUCCACGGGUAAGCUUUUAACAGGCAGUUAAAGUUGCCUCAAAUCAAACGUGCGCUGAAUUUCACAUGCAGUUUUGUUGCAAGCUGGAAACUAAGGUCAGAGCUUUUGAGGAAAUAGAUGUGUGCCAUAGAGCACAGAUGCAGUAAAGCCGCAAGGUGAUUUGGAUGAACUGUGCAACAAAUAUCAUCCAAAUAUGCUCCGUUGUUGUUUAGGGCUGUCAGAUGAGCCGGUUUCAAAUGUUCACAAUGAACAGCGUUAACAUAAGAUUCAGUCUUGCUUCAAGCGCUGAAAAAGCUCUGUCUAAUCGAGGCCUCUUGACUCUGGACGUGGAUUAGGGUCCCCAUUUGUGCCGCUAGUGACUAACAAUGAACUUUGUGUGUUUCUUGUCUUUGCAAGAAUAGCUAAGUCAAUGUGUACAUAUAUAAAUAUAUGUAUAAAUAAAUUAAAGAUUUUUAAAUACUGCA